AACCGUGGUUCUUCUUCAUGGCCACUCUCCACUCUUCCUUCUCUUUCCCUUCCUUUUCUCUGUCCCUGAAGAAGCUCAUAAACCCGUCUCCAAAACCCACCUCUGCUUCUUUUUCUUCUUUCCUCAUCUACUCUGCGAAUUUGAACCGUUUACCAGCCAUGAAUUCUGGCUCCGUACCCCAACAACCGGUCAGGUCGGCCUCUUCUACGGUCUACAAGGUACCGGACAUGGAAACCGAUCAAAUGGACCGCGUUGCAGAGCAAGCAUUUCAAAGGUACUCCUCGUCGUCUGCGAAUCGGAGCGGCAAUGGGGUCGCCAUUGUUUGGUUCAGGAACGAUCUGAGAGUGUUGGACAAUGAGGUAUUAUAUAAGGCGUGGAUUUCAUCUCAGGCUGUAUUGCCUGUGUAUUGCAUCGACCCUCGGCUUUUUGGUACUACCUAUUACUUUGGUUUCCCUAAAACCGGAGCAUUAAGAGCUCAAUUUCUCAUGGAAUGCUUGGCUGACUUGAAAAAGAAUUUAAUGAAAAAUGGUCUUAACUUGCUCAUUCAACAUGGGAAACCUGAGGAAAUUCUACCUUCCCUAGCAAAAACCUUUGGAGCCCAUACAGUAUAUGCCCAAAAAGAAACUUGCAGUGAGGAGCUGAAUGUUGAAAGGUUGGUCCGCAAAAGUCUAAAACAAGUUGUUUUACAGUCAUCACCAGAGCAACCCAACAGGUCAAAUUCAAUUCUCAGUCCAAAAUUGCAACUUAUUUGGGGUGCCACUUUGUAUCACAUAGAUGACCUCCCAUUUUAUACUAGUAGCUUACCCGAUGUCUUCACUCAAUUUCGUAAGGCCGUUGAAGCUAAGAGCACGAUCCGUGGAUGCGUAAGAAUUCCAAAAUCUCUGGGGCCACCUCCCAGCAUUGAUGAUUGGGGGAGCAUUCCUUCAGUAGAUCAGUUUGGGCUUCACUUGCAAAAUGUAAGCAAAGGAAUGAAGUUCAUCGGAGGGGAAAGUGCUGCGUUGAGUAGAGUACAUGAGUACUUCUGGAAGAAGGAUUUGCUUAAGAUUUAUAAAGAUACCAGAAAUGGUAUGUUAGGACCUGAUUAUUCUACAAAAUUUUCUACAUGGCUUGGAUCAGGAAGUCUCUCUCCUCGUUUUAUACAUGAAGAGGUAAAAAGAUAUGAAAGUGAAAGGCUAGCAAAUAAUUCCACAUACUGGGUUUUGUUCGAGCUGAUAUGGAGGGACUACUUCAGGUUUUUGUCAAUCAAAUAUGGGAAUUCCCUUUUUCAUUUAGGUGGCCCAAGAAAAGUGGAGCUUAGAUGGAGCCAAGACAAGAAUUUGUUUGAAUCCUGGAGAGAUGGACAUACAGGGUACCCUCUCAUAGAUGCCAACAUGAUAGAGUUGUCAACUACUGGAUUCAUGUCAAAUCGAGGACGGCAGAUUGUAUGUUCCUUUCUUGUUCGAGAUAUGGGUAUUGACUGGCGUAUGGGAGCUGAAUGGUUUGAGACAUGCCUUUUGGAUUAUGAUCCAUGCUCCAACUAUGGGAAUUGGACAUAUGGUGCAGGAGUUGGGAAUGAUCCUAGAGAAGAUCGUUAUUUCAGUAACCCCAAACAAUUGGCUAUCGCUUGUGGGGAAUCAUCGCCAUCCCAUCUUGUUCUUCUUGGAUUUGUGAAUCGUACCCUCGAUUCCAUCAAGCGCAAUAUUGCUCAGAUCUUUGCUAACGUUUUCUGUUCCCAAACCAACAAUGCUGUAGACGCUAGGACUUGUGGGAAUGCGGAUUUACUCCCAUUUAAGCUCGAAGAUUUCAUGACAAAAUUUGGGGAAAAAUACCAGUUGAGUGCUGAAGAUUGGUUCUCAGAAAACAAGAAUCUCAAUGAUAAGCAAGAUCCACAUGCAGUUUUCAAUGUGCUGGAUGUAAUGCUGAAAGACAAUUUGGAGCGCUUGAAAAUGAUGAGGGAAAGUAUAUCUUUGGCAAAUAUGAACUGUCAGGGGUGGACUUUUGAAGCUAAUUACCUAGAAACUGCAGAAAUAAUUAAAGAUUUAUGUUUGUAUGGUAAAUUGGGAACCGCACUUUGGCUUCGGAGAAAAUUGAUGCAGAAAGGUGUAGUUUUUGAUGUAUUUACACAUAAUUAUCUAAUAAAUGGACUAUGCAAAACUGGGGACUUGGACAAGGCAGAUGAGCUUAUAAAGGAGAUGUCAGAACAGGGUCCCUCUCCUAACUGUGCUACUUACAACACAUUCAUUAAUGGUUAUUGCCUCAUCAAUAAUGUGGAUAAAGUUCUGGAUCUGUUCUCCACUAUGGCUAACAAAGGUAUUAAACCAAAUAGAGUUACUUGUAAUAUACUUGUGCAUGCAUUAUGCAAGAAAGGCCAUUUGGAGGAUGCUAAGAAGCAUCUGGAAGAGAUAUUAGAUGAUGAUAAUGAUAAGACAGCAUCAGAUAAAAUUAUCUCCUCAACUAUACUCAUGGAUGGUUAUUUUAAAAAUGGAAAAAUGGUUCAGGCUAAGAGUGUUUGGGACAACGUGGUCCAAAUGGAUACCCAAGUAGAUGUUGUUGCAUAUAAUGUCCUUAUCAAUGGGUUUUGUUCAAGUCAAGAGAUACACCUUGCUUUUGGAUACUUUUGUGAAAUGAUUAAGAGAGGGUUGCUUCCUGAUGUUUUUACUUACAAUACACUUAUAAGUGGUCUUUGCAAAAUAGGAAAAUUCGACGAGGCUUCUUAUAUCCAUGGCAUUAUGUCAAAAAUUGGAAUUAUUCCUGAUCAAAUGUCAUACAAAUCGCUUAUUCAAGGCCUGUGUAUUAAUGGAGUUGUUGUCAGAGCUAAUGAGCUUCUUCUUGGUAUGCUAGAGAAGUCAAUGGUGCCUGAGCCCCUUAUAUGGAACCUUAUUAUUGAUUGUUAUGGAAGAUGUGGCAAUCUUGGGAAGGCAUUCUCCACUAAGAAUCAGAUGUUGAUUUAUGGUGUUAAGCCAAAUGUAUAUACUUACAAUGCAUUGAUUUAUGCACAAGUAAAAGAAGGGAAUAUCACUAACGCUGUUUCCCUCAAACAGGAGAUGCAUUCAUAUGGUCUCCUUCCUGAUGUAGUUACUUAUAAUUUGUUGAUAGGUGCUGCUUGUAACUCUCAGAAUAUUGAAUGGGCACUUCAUUUACUUGAUGAAAUGCUAAUGCUGGGAUGUGAACCGGAUAUAAUAACUUACACUGAAUUGAUCAGAGGGCACUGUAUUAAAGAUAACAUGAAGGAAGCGGAAGAGCUCCUUAGGAAGAUGCAUAAUUCUGGUAUGCCAAUUGAUGAUGUUCCAUAUAAGAUACUUGUCAAGAAAUACUGCAAAAUGAGGAAGCCUGACAAGGUGUUUGACCUCUACUAUAAAUGGAUGGAAAGGAAAAGAGCAUAAGCAUAGCAGAAUCUUCGCCUUUUGAAGGCCCGGGCUGGUUCUUGGUUGCAUAACAUGUUGCUUAUUUCUGAACUUGAUAAACUCUUCUGCUGGUAGCAACUGAGAAUCUUUCAUAUACUCUUCCAGGAGUUUGGGCAGAUAAAAGCUGUGCUUUUUGAAUCUGGUCAUUCCAUUCAUCUAAGUUGAAUUCUUCAAUAUACUUGUGAAGCUCAGAUGAACGUAUCAUACAAUCUGGAUGACGAGAUGUUGGUCACCGGUUAAAAUUAUUCAGGUGUCGAUUGUGGCCAUCGUUGUCAGAAUUUGAUGGUCCUUUGAACAGGAGUUUAUUCCAACACCACACACCGUGUAUGCCAAUAGUUGAUAUUGGAUUGACUGCCUACUUGCAACUGGGAGAUACACUGCCCAUCUUUCAUGUUCUGUUCAUCAAAUUGG